CCAUAGCCGUUUGCCCUGCAUGUCCCCGGCUCUAGCAUCCUCGAACAUGCUGGACGCACUCGUGACUGAUUUUAAGAUCGCCAUCCAUCCUGAGUUCUCGUGGAACCCGUUACCGCAUAUCAUGCCAGUUUCCGCGAUCAUGAUGAUCGCAAAGAGCAAGGGCUAAGGACCAUGUGUUAGUGGAUUAUAUAGAGCAGACAUAGCUUCCUCGCAACAAUGGCUCCUUAACCGCAAUUUCCGCCAUGCCAGCCUUAACAACAACAUUGUUACAAGGUCUAUUACUACUCGGGUCGAGCUUCCUCCAGUGGGGAAAUGCAGUGCCUCUGAGAAGAGCUGACGAUUGUCCUGGUUACAAAGCCAGCCAUGUCGUGCGCUCAGACAACAGCAUAACAGCCGAUCUGACUUUGGCUGGCUCAGCAUGCAAUCUGCAUAGUCCAGACUUGACAGACCUCAAGUUCCUGGCAGAAUGGCAAACCGACUCUCGCCUCCAUGUAAUGAUCUACGACAAAGAUGAGCAGGUGUAUCAAAUACCAGAUUUCGUCGUGCCACGCCCGUCUGGUUCACUCAACUCGGAUGCGUCACUGCUUGAUGUCUCCGUCGAGGAAGAGCCAUUCUCGCUCACGGUCACACGCAAGAGCAACAGCGAAGUACUCUUCAGCACGAAGGGUUCCAACCUCGUCUUUGAAACCCAGUACCUGCGACUCAGAACCUCCUUGCCAAACAAUCCGUAUCUUUACGGUCUAGGCGAACACACUGAUUCACUGCGAUUGCCGACUUCGAACUAUGUCCGAACCCUGUGGGCGCGCGACGCGGGAGCCGUGCCUUUGAACACGAAUCUCUAUGGAACGCACCCGGUUUACUUUGAGCACCGCGCCGACUCUGGACUAUCUCACGGCGUGCUGAUGCUCAACAGCAACGGCAUGGACAUCAAGAUCAGCAAUGACAAUGGCCAAUAUCUAGAGUACAACAUGAUCGGUGGAGUUAUUGAUCUUUACUUCAUGGCCGGGCCUUUGCCGUUCGAUGUUGCUCGCGAGUACAGUGAAAUCACCGAGAAAGCCGCGAUGAUGCCAUAUUGGGGCUUGGGCUUCCACCAGUGUAGGUUCGGCUAUGAAAGCAUUGGCGAGGUUGCAGCGGUUGUUGCCAACUACAGCGCAGCCGGUAUCCCACUGGAGACGAUGUGGACAGACAUCGAUUACAUGGAUCAAUACAAGGUGUUCACCUUGGGGCAGAACUUCCCACUUGUUGAGGUCCGUGAUCUUGUCAGCGAUCUGCACAGCAAGCAUCAGCACUACAUCGUUAUGGUUGACCCAGCUGUCGCUGCACAAGGUUAUCCUUCCUACAACAGGGGUCUGGAGGCAGACGCUUUCGUUAAGACCAGUGCCGGCGUACCUUGGAAAGGUGAGGUAUGGCCAGGCACGACCGUCUUUCCUGACUGGUUUGCACCCAACACACAGAGCUACUGGGACAGCGAGUUUGCUACCUUCUUCGACAAAGAUACUGGUGUCGAUAUCGACGCACUUUGGAUCGACAUGAAUGAGCCUUCCAGCUUCUGCGACUUCCCUUGCGACCAGAACAAGGCUGCCUCGGCGAAUAUCCGUAGUCUCCAACGCCGACAAAACAAUGGUGAUAAGAAGGGCCUCCCGAACCGGGACCUUCUCUUCCCUUCCUAUGAGAUUCAGAAUGCAGCCGGCGGCCUCAGCAACAAAACUGCCCAGACUGACCUCAUACAUUCGGGAGGAUGGACCGAGUACGACACACACAACUUGUACGGAACUAUGAUGAGCGAAGCUAGUCGCAACAGCAUGCUCAAGCGACGACCCGACAAGCGCCCCAUGGUUAUCACUCGCAGUACCUUUGUGGGUGCUGGCAGCUACGUUGGCCACUGGCUUGGUGACAACGUCUCUGCCUGGGACCAGUAUCUGACUUCCAUACGCCAUCUUCUUCAAUUCGUUGCUUUUUUCCAAGUUCCGAUGGCUGGUGCUGAUGUAUGUGGUUUCUUGAAUGAUGCCACCGAACACCUUUGUGCGCGAUGGACUGUUCUGGGUGCCUUUUACCCGUUCUACAGAAACCACAACGUAGCCGGAGCAAGAUCUCAGGAAGCCUAUCGUUGGGAGUCUGUGACUGCAGCUGCAAAAAAGGCUAUUGACCUUCGGUACAAGCUUCUGGACUACAUCUACACCGCCAUGCACAAGCAGACUGUUGAUGGUACCCCAAUGCUUGCGCCCUUGUGGAUGCAUUAUCCUAAGGAUGGCAACACCUACGCGAUUGAGACGCAAUUCUUUUACGGCCCCUCUCUUAUGGUCAAUCCAGUAACACAAGAGAGUUCCUCUUCCGUCUCAUUCUAUGUACCAAACGGAGUCUGGUACGAUCUUUUCACACGCAAGGCUGUACAGGGUGCUGGAAGUACUAUCACAUACUCCAACAUCCCGGAUACAGACAUUCCCGUCCUUGUCCAUGGCGGAUCCAUUGUGCCUAUGCGCCUCGAGAGCGCAAACACUACCAGAGCGCUUCGCGACAAGCCCUUUGAGCUUCUCAUUGCACCUGAGAGCGACGGGACUGCUAGCGGUUCUCUGUACCUCGACGAUGGUGAAAGCCUUGAGCAGUCUGGUACUAGCGAGAUCAAGUUCACGCUCAGUGGGUCCACGCUUAAGGCUGAAGGAACAUUUGGGUUCCCGACUGUCCUGCAGAUCAAGAGCGUUACUAUGAUGGGUAGCGGUGACGCACAAUCGUACGAGUUGAACAAGGGCUUCGAUGACGGCUGGACUGUAAAUGUUGGAAGUUUGAAGAAGCUGUGA